CUCACCCGGAAUGAAAACAAACGGCGGCCGCCGCCGCAUCCGGGCAUUCGGCGGAUCGCGGUUGGCGCUGCUGUGGCGCAGGAUGGCGCAAAAGAAAUAUCUCCAAGCAAAACUGACCCAGUUUUUAAGGGAGGACAGAAUUCAACUCUGGAAACCUCCAUAUACAGAUGAAAAUAAAAAAGUUGGUUUGGCAUUGAAGGACCUUGCUAAGAAGUACUCUGACAAGCUAGAAUGUUGUGAAAAUGAAGUAGAAAAGAUAAUAGAAGAAAUACGUUGCAAAGCAGUGGAGCGUGGCACAGGCAAUGAGCACUAUAAAGCAACAGGAAUCGCUACAAUCGAAGUCUUCUUACCGCCACGGGUGAAAAAAGAUAGAAAAAACUUGUUGGAGACCCGACUGCAUGUCACUGGCAGAGAACUGAGGUCUAAAAUAGCUGAAACCUUUGGAUUUCAAGAAAAUUAUAUCAAAAUUGUCAUAAAUAAGAAACAACUUCAACUAGGGAAAACACUUGAGGAACAGGGAGUGACCCACAAUGUAAAAGCUAUGGUGCUCGAACUAAAACAGUCUGAAGAGGAUGUGAGAAAAAAUUCCCAGGUUGAAGAAGAAGAGCAGAAUGAAGCCAAACUAAAAGAAAAAAGAAUUCAGAGGACUAAGAGAGGCCUGGAGAUACUGGCAGAGAGAGCUGAGAUGGUGGUGGAUCCAGAAACCACACCAUACUUAGACAUAGCUAACCAGACGGGCAGAUCAAUCAGAAUCCCUCCAUCAGAAAGAAAAGCCCUUAUGUUAGCUAUGGGAUAUCAUGAGAAAGGCAGAGCUUUCCUGAAAAGAAAAGAAUAUGGAAUAGCCUUGCCAUGUCUGUUGGACGCUGACAAAUAUUUCUGCGAGUGCUGCAGAGAACUGCUGGACACUGUGGACAACUAUGCAGUACUCCAGCUGGACAUAGUGUGGUGCUACUUCCGCUUGGGACAGCUGGAAUGCCUGGACGACGCAGAGAAGAAAUUAAACAUGGCCCAGAAAUGCUUUAAAAAUUGUUAUGGAGAGAAUCAUCAGAGACUGGUCCACAUAAAAGGGAAUUGUGGAAAAGAGAAAGUCUUGUUUUUAAGACUUUACUUGCUCCAAGGUAUCCGAAAUUAUCACAGUGGAAAUGGUGAAGAGGCUUAUGAAUAUCUCAACAAGGCAUGUCAGCUCUUUAAAGAGCUAUACAUUGAUCCAUCAAAAGUUCACAGUUUGAUGCAGCUGGGGUUCAGUGCCCAGGAAGCUCGGCUUGGCCUAAGGGCAUGUGACGGGAACGUGGCCCACGCAGCUGCCCACGUCACCAGCCGCAGAGAGAAAUUGGACCAAAUAAGGAAGGAGGAAAAAGAGAAGAAAAGACGCCGCCUGGAGAACAUAAACUGUUUGAAAGGAAUGGGCUACUCCGCUCGCGCAGCCAAGCAGGCGCUCCACCAGGCCAGCGGGAACCUGGAGGAGGCCCUGCAGAUUCUUCUCAGUCAUCCUCAGAUGUGGUGGUUAAACGAUUCGGGUCCGGAAACCAGCAGCCGUCAAGAAAGUCCUUCUCGGGAAACCACUGACCAACUCGUGUACAUGGGCUUCGACGCGGCAGCGGCCGAGGCAGCCCUGAGGGUGUUCAGGGGAAACGUCCAGCUGGCAGCUCAGACCCUCGCUCACAACGGUGGAAGUCUUCCUCCUGACCUGCAGCUCUCGGCGGAAGACUCUUCCUCAACGCCACCCACGUCCCCGUCCGAUUCUGCAGGGACCUCUAGCGCCUCAACAGAUGAAGAUAUGGAGACAGAGGCUGUGAAUGAAAUCCUGGAAGAUAUCCCAGAACAUGAGGAAGAUUACCUUGACUCAACUCUGGAAGACGAAGAAAUUAUUAUUGCAGAGUACUUAUCCUAUGUAGAAAAUAUAAAGUCAGCAACAAAGAGAAACUAAAUGAUGAACAGAAAUAAGCGCUUAAGUUUCUGCUUAUAAAUUCUAUCAUUAUGAAAAGUGUAAUGCAGGUCUUUUUUUUUUCUUACGUUUUAUCUGAUUUUGCUCCAGAGUGCUUCCUACCUGGGGGUGGGAGGGGUAGGCGGGGAACAGGGAUGUAAAGAGUAAGAGACUUGGUGGGGUGGGGGGGCGGGUGCCGGUCCCCAGGGUCCUUCUUGGGAACUGAGCUGCCUCUGGCCUGAUCCUGCGGUUCCCAGCUGCCUUCAGGUUCCACAACCCUAAUGCCGCCCUCCCUGCUCCUUUUUUUCCCCACCCAGAAAUGGGAAGGACUGGGAUAGGGUGGCCCCUAGGGAAGGGAUCCGGGAGGAGCUCAUGGGAGCGGAAGCUGGCCCUGUCUCCUCGUCUUCACCCUGCCCGGCUCUCCUGCCCUCCUGAGCCCCCCGCUCGAUCGUCUCCUCCUUCCCAUGAUGCAGCUCUGCCUUCCUGCUUCAGCCUCUCUGCCCCGUCCCGGAAACGUCCUUCAGAUCCUCAACCACGGCAAGUGCUCUGGGGGCCUGAUGACGAGGCAUCGGCUCCCGCAGCCGCACCAAACGGUGGCAGACGCCCUCAGCCUGAAACGUCCGUGUUUUGUGCUUAGCUUAGUAAAGUAGGCACUUGAAAUUCCAGGUUGAAAUUCAGAAUAUAUAUAUGUAUUCAAAGUUCUUCUUUACAAAAAUAAAAUCUUUUAUUAAAUGGUAAAGUCUUAAAUGCUAACCAAAGCAACUUAUUUUUAAUUAGCAUUUUUAGAUGCAUUUCUGUCCUAUUAAAUUCGCUGCUGGCUAAGGUAAGAUACCUGUCAGAGAUUAAGGUAUGUUUUCUCCA